AUGCAUUCAUAUCUCUUUGUUGCGAUUGCACCGCUGCUGAUUCAGCAAAUGCUUGGAGUAGAGGUGCAAGCCCAUCCUCAUGAUACUCAUGAUGAGGCAUUGCUCCAUAAGUUUGGAGACUACAUGCGAAAGUACAACAAGGACUAUGUGAAAGGCACAGAAGAGUACCACCGUCGGCUGGCCAGGUUUGUUCAGUCUGCAGCUGAGGCUGAACGAUGGAACCAGCGACCAGAUCGCCUGUGGACAGCUGGAGUGGGGCCUCUUGCAGAUCGUAGCGAGGAAGAGCUGCAGUCGAUGAGAGGUUACUUUGGUUCAGCUUCCGGAGUCGGAGGAACUUCAGGAGCUCCAAGAGGAUUUCUCAGAGCCUCACUGGCGCAGCUCAGCACCUCAGAGACUCCCGAGCAAUUCCUCAAUUGGACCAGCUUGAAAACUCUCACCAAUGUGCGGGACCAGGGAGGCUGCGGCUCUUGCUGGGCAGUCACAGCUACCACAGUGCUGGACAGCCACGCCGAAAUUUACAAGAGUGGACAGAGAAGCUUUUCAGCUCAAGAACUUGUCUCCUGUGUCCCCAAUGCCAGAAAGUGUGGUGGCACCGGGAAAUGUGGUGGUGCAACCGUUGAACUCGCCUUCCAAUAUGUCAUGGAACAUCCGCUGCAGACAGAUACUGAGAUACCUUAUGAUGGAGUCGACGGCACUUGUUCUCAUUCAUCCUUGAUUCAGCGAUCCAAGAGGAGCUCCGAUUUGGAUGUCGCUGCUGUUGGUUUCCACGGUGCAAGUUCAGAUGCACCUGGCAUGCAAUUCAUGCAUGGCUGGGAGCGGCUUCCAGAAAAUGCAUAUCUCCCCCUGCUUCAUGCGAUCUAUGAACGAGGUCCAGUUGCAGUCUCAGUGGAUGCCUCGAAGUGGAGUUCAUACGAAAGCGGAAUUUUCGAUUCCUGUGAUCAAGAUGCAGUCAUCAACCAUGCUGUGACCCUCAUCGGGUAUGGCAAAGACAAAUCCUUGAAUGCAGGAUACUACUUGAUUCAAAACUCCUGGGGCCCAUCCUGGGGUGAAGAUGGAAAAAUACGCCUGCUGCGCCAGGAUGAGGAUGAUCGCAAUUGUGGCAUUGACCACCAGCCACAGGAAGGAACAGGCUGCGAAGGGGGCCCAAAAGAGGUGAAAGUAUGCGGCAUGUGUGGCAUUUUGUACGACAAUGCCGACGAGGAUGAGGAUACCGAGGAGAUGCCUAUGUUGCCAGACUUGUCAGGACAACACUUUGAAACCACCCUCGACUCCGAGCUCCGGCAAGGCCGGCAGAGCGAGAUCGACUUCGACAAAGAGUUGAAACGGGCGAUUGACUCCGAUGUGGGCGUCGUCCUGGUGACAAGGGGGAAACGCUUUGGGGCACGGUUAUUGGACCCAGGUGGAAGGAAGCACGUUGUUUUGGACCUUGAGUGCCCGGUUCAUCAAUGUGCUGAACAGCAUUCGAGCUGCGCUGGCUUCAAUUCAUAUCAGUUGCGGCGUAAGGGGCAUUCUGCCACCUUGAUUCGCUAUGAGUCCCCGGAGUGGACUACAAUGAAGUGUGGUGGAACUUGCACAGCUUGCGGAGACCAUCAGAAGUGUUUGAAAGGAAUUGAGUCCAUUCUUUCUCCAGUUCAUCGUGGCUCAAUUCUGGCGCCUACCUGCCCCAAGGCGAUGCCAGUGCGUCCAGGCCGUGAUGUCCGAGAGGGUGGAGCAGGAGAGGACCACUAUGCACAGAUCUUGAUCAACAAGGCGUUCAAGGAGCCCACUUGCAAGAAAGCCGAAGGGAUGCUUGCGCUUGUCAGUGAAGCCACCACCACCGAGGCCGAGGAGUUCAUCAAGCAGCCUUGCACGGGGACAUGCUUCGUCGAGUUGGCGUGGGGACAGGGGAGGACUUGGUUAGAGACAACCUUGCUCAAGGAGGUCAGUAUCAUGGCUCGACCGGAUCUGGUGGAACCAGAUGGCUUGCUACGUCAGGAGUCACGUGCGGAUGUCACGGCAAGGGCCGUUGCGCGUACAUGA